AUGAUACAAAUGCAACGAUCCUCGUCGCUCCCCGGGCCAGGGCAUGCCUCACCUCCUAUGUCCCCGACAAUCACUCAUGUAUCGUCCAGGAGUCCGACACCUUCUCCGCCGGAGAAGAACAAUUUACCACGACUGCACCGAUACCAGUCGAGAAGUCCACAGAGACCCAUCACUUCUUACAAGGACUUGCCAAAUGAUGCGGACAAUAGAUGGAGUUCUGGACAAGAUUCCUCACGUUCGUCCUCGCCCACACCUGCCCAGGAUGCUCCAGGCGCCGUUGAUAGAUCGUCUACCCCAAAGCCGCACAACCAGGAACCUAUAACUUCAAUGAAAAUGCCCCAGCCUCUAUUGCAAGACAUAUCUCAAUAUAUAAACCCACAGAUAAGUGCCAUAACUUCAAUGACCACGAACACAAGUCUUGAGGAGCUUGCCCAUUUGGUUAGGUUGUCUUCGUACCAGGAAAAGAAGCGUGCCCAUUCACGCAUUCGUUUACAGAGAUCCCUGGUGUCAACAGCACUCUCUGCCCGCCUCGCACGAUGCGGAGAAUUGGCACACAGGACCUUGGUUGACAACUUCAGGGCCGACGAGAAGAAAAACUUUGCCAACCUUUACAAUGCCAUUCACGAUGUCAGGAAUUCAUGCGAUGCCUCCCGGCGUUUCGCUUUGUUGGAACCUGAUUUUGACAAUGGACGAUCAAGUAUAUCCGGUGCCGAGGAUACAACACCUGUGUUGAAUUUUAUGCAUGAGAUUCCCUUGCGAUCUCGUGAAUGUUUGCUUAAUUUCUUGACCCAAAUCAGGACAAACUCAGAUUAUUUGGCCAGUCGCAUAGCCAGCCUUACGCCGACCGAGUUAUCAGCUUUGACAAGCUUCCAUCAAGGUUUAGAAGCUAUCGAUUCUGUUCUGCCCUUUCAUACUCGUUCCAAGGGCCAUGCGGCUAGCGCCCACCGCAAUUUUUCGCACAUACCGUCUGCAGUUGAGCGAUUACUUUCUUUUCAGCGUCAUGAUCCUUUGUCUGCUUUGAUUCACACUUGUUUUGCAAAUUCGGCUGGCCCCGAUUCCUUAGAGGACCUUAGAAGAACUGAUGUCUGGGCCACAGCAUGCGCCCGAUUAAUCACCGAGAGCAAAAGCGGGACAGAUCCUUUUAUUUGUAGUGUUUUGAAUGUCUGGACUACAAUGAGAGAUUGGUCGGGACGAACUAACAUGGAAUGGUACCUGAUGAAAAUUCUUGAGGAUGGAGCCUUUUUAUUGGAGAAAGCCGAGGACCAGGCUGGUACGCGUAUACAUGUUGAACCACGGAAUGCCAAGGAUUCCAUAGCUGCGGAUGAGUUUUAUGAUGCGGCGAUUCAUGGACUUUUCGACAUCAUUGAUGACCCAAGUGCAGGAGGUAUUCCGGAAGGCUUAAUCGAACUUGGUAAUGCCAUUCUUCGAAAACUCGAUCCCAAAAGACAUGGACCUACCAGGAGAUUCUUGGUUUCAAAAUGGCUGUUUUCUGUUUUCUUAUUGAACGCAAUAAUUCAUCCAGAAUCAUAUGGAAUGAUGUCAGAAUAUCACAUUACAGAGUAUGGUAGGCAGAAAAUAUUGAAAGAGGUUGCGAUGCGUGCACAGCGCCUAGUUGUUGAUAUGACCUGGAAUAAAUCCUCUCCAGCACCAGCAAUCAAAACUCACAUAGAGAAUAUCCUAGCACGCUUCCGUUCUACAAAACCAUCAAAGUCUAUUGCUAAGCUUCUUCCCGCAAGGUCUAUAACCUCAUUAAGGGAGACAGCAGAGGUACACCCUUAUCUUGUCCUAGCACCCGCCGACCUAUUGACUAUGGUAAAUGCACUAUUCCCGGAAAGACGGCCCGCAUCGAGUUUCUCCACGAAAGAUUCUCAUCUCAGUGGCUUGCGAUCUGCGGCUUCUUCUGUCUCUGGAAUGUCUGCUAUAUCAGUGUUGGUACCGCAGCCACCUACUCGUGAAGCUUUAGACGGCGCUUCUAUCAUGAGCAAUAGUGGCUCUUCCACGAUAAGUGAUGUCACCACAUCCAGAGAACCUCUGCUCAAUGAGACAUUAAGCACACAGCAACGAACAUCCUCUAUAUCAAUAGCAUCCAAUCGCCAAAACCAACGACUUAGUUAUUAUGAAGAUGAUGGUUUUGAACUUCGAGAAGCCCUACAUGAAAUGUCGCGUGCUUUAGGUAGCGAUACGACCUCUGGUGCAUGCCAUCCUUGUGCAGAACGAUGGACUGUUUUAUUCAUGACACAAGACGGACAAGGACUGUCAACCCAGAUGAUUCACGACGAUGAUGGAGAUGAAGAGGAAGGCACCUCAAGCAGCGAUACGGAUGAGGAUAGCAAUGGGUUCCGUUCGGAUCUUGACAAAGACUAUCACCAGCUCAGAAGUUCGAUUUUAAAACUUGUGGAAGAUUAUGAGAUUCCCGAAUCACUUGAUUCAAGACUUGAAUCAAAAACCUUCAGCAAUCGCACGUCAAUUCUCGAGACUCCUCGCAGGAAGUUUAGCAACAAGUCCAAGUCACUGGCUCAAAUACAGUCGAGGAAUCCGUAUCGAGCCCGAGAUCAGUCCCCCAGAACUGACAAAUCUUCCAGAGGGACUGAUACCAGACAUACAAAACAGAGAGCCGAGGCAGAGGCAGAGGCCCCUUCCGUUCUCAUUUCUAUGCUAGAGGCUGCUGAAACUCAAUGCAAGGCGCAGUCUGAUUUUAUUAAUGCUCAUCUUUACUGGAAAACCUUGAGACAGCUGAAUCAAAUGUCAUCUGCCUCAUUGAAGAGGGAUGGAUUUGCAUCCCUCUUAACUAUCUUAUCAAGAGGGCCUAGGGAUUCCAUCCGGCGCUCCACCAGCGCCAUCGAAGAAUACGAAGCCUGGCUGGUUUGGCUCAAGCAGUCCCAGGAGCGCCACGACGUAACAAUCGAAUCCAUGAUGAAACGUUUGAAAGCCCUCCGCGAUAAAAUGUGGUAUGUCACCGAUGUUCGAAACUCAGCAGCGUACGAGGGCACCCGAAACAUUGCCAUAGCUUUGAAGUGCAUGGUCUCGCCAAAGAAAGUAUCUCAUAUGGACAAGUCUAAUGCGCGCUCUCGCAGUAUCUCGAAGCCUUCAGCCAACAAUUUCCUUUUGAAGACUGAAGCUCAAGUGAUGGAUAUGAUGGCUGCUAGUGAAGAUCAAGGUGGUCCAAAUAAACUAUCCGACGAGCAAGCGGAGAAGACCUUGAGGUGGCUGUCUCAAUUUGGAAUCGAGAACUUUUGCAAGGGUGAAGAACGAAUUCAUAGGUUCAGUUUAGAAAUCGAAACGUGCAUCAAUAAACUGGUUGGGGAUAAUUUGAUGGAGGGGCCUGUUCUUUGGUCGAGUGAGCUUUACAACAGAGACAAGAGGAUUUUGGAUAGCGGAAAGCAAAAGGGCGACCUGUCUCUGAGUCAUUUUGGAUCUCUGAACUUAUCUGGAGAAGACGUGACAAGCACGGACAGCACACGUCGUGGCCUACGUAGCACAGAUUUCAACCGCCCUGGAUUCCAUGACCUUCGGGCCAUGUCUACCAGAAAUAACUCUCAGCAGAGCUUUAGCUCAGGAAGGUUUAGCGGAUCGCGAUUAAAUCCUCCUGGAGAUCUGAUGGACUCCCAGGAUUAUUUUGGCAUGGCAAGUCCCGUGCUGACAAUAGACUCUGCAACAACAUUCUGGUCACCCUUUCAAACACGAGCCCAUUCACCAACUACGAGCGUCAGUAGUCGUCGCCCAGACACUGCCUCGUCGACAAAUGAAACUAUUAUGCUGAAGGAUGAUCACAUGACUGCAGCUAAACAUCGAUUUUUGGCGGACUUGAAGCAGACUUUGACAAGCUUGUUACUUAGUGAUCUUGGCACUCUCGUUUUUGCUCGUGGAAGUGAAACAGAUUCAUGGUUUUCAGGUUCCAUAGGUCAAGAUUGUAUUGAAAGAAGAGAUCGGGCAGACAGAAGAGCCAGAAGGAAAACCAAAAAGCGUGUGAUAGAGAAAAAGAAGAGCUUUGGGGACCUUCGUGGAGCUCAAAAGAUAGAGCAACUCCCAAUGGAACGGCAGGAAUCACUUGGCGAAAAAGCAGAAAAGGGUUCUAUAUCUAGCAAUAGAAGUCUCCCGGAUAAUGGUGCUUCGGAAAAUCGUUCUACCACAGGAAGCUCUUCCACCAGUGAUUCUGUCAGCACAAGGCCUAGAAAGGGUACGAUGAGAGCUACGAAGGAGUUAGACAAUCUGGAGUUUCCCUACAAAAUGGCUUUCAAUCGUUUAUUGCGUAUGUUCUCAGUUCACCCUAACCCCUACGCGAAGCUCAACGCGCUGUACGAGCUUGAGCAUUUGAUCAUUGCAUAUUUAACACCUUCCACCACGAGACGGCCUCGAAUCCGCCAGGAGCCCAUUCCUAUUUCCCCACAAUCCCCAGAAGUUUCGCACCACAAUGCUUUUGGGCCACCUGAUGCAGCAACAACUACCCCAAGAGCGAAAACUCUAGGAGAAGCAAUUGACAAUUGCAAAGAGCGUCGAUCUCAUACACUCAAUCAAGGAGAUAACCCUUCGCCGAUCAAUCGAAAUACUGAACGAUACAUGGGCUCAAACGCGCCAACUGCCGCGAGUACAGAUAUGAUUGUCGAUGUCUUGCAAGACCUGUUCCGCGACCCAGAUAUGCGACCAAAGACACUGUUCCGUGACUUACAGUUCAUUGCUUCAUUUGUCCCAGCUGCUACUUUAGAUAAGACAGAACGUGGGAAAGCUUUCUGGGAUGCUGGUCUUGCCGCGCUCGGUCUGAAACAAGACGUGUGCCGUACACUAAUUGAAAUUGCAGAUGAGAUAGUUGUGCAUUACACCCAAACUCGCAAGACAACAGCCGCUGUGCUAGACUCGUCUUCCAUUAACGGCGAAUUGAUGAAAUAUAGUAUGCAAGAUGCUGCAAAUAUGUGGACGAUCACGGCUAAAGAAGGAGACCCUGUGGCAGAGCGAGAACUUGCUAUAUUUUAUUUGACCCACCCCGAAUUGGUAGAAAGAAUCACUGCACCAUUGAGCAAACCUCGUGAAACCUUUAAAGCACAAGUUAUGGAAAUGCAUCAAGGCAAGGAAGGUGUGGUGACUGAGAGAGACAGAGAGAGGAGUGAUCCUGCCACCAUGUGUGUCGCUUAUCAUUGGAUGGAACUAAGUGCACUUGGUGGGGAUGAACUGGCAAAGAAAUACCUACGACAGCGCGAGGAGCUGAACGCUAUUCCAUGA